UAUCUCUUGAUUUCUCUUGCGUCAUCAGUGGCGUUCCUCUUUAACUGGAUUGGCUUCUUCCUGUCCUUCUGUCUGACCACGUCUGCGGCUGGACGCUAUGGAGCCAUCUCUGGGUUCGGACUGUCCCUGGUCAAGUGGGUCCUGAUUGUCAGGUUUUCUACCUACUUCCCUGGAUAUUUUGACGGCCAGUACUGGCUGUGGUGGGUUUUCCUUGUUGUAGGAUUCCUGCUGUUCUUCCGGGGAUUUGUUAAUUAUUCCAGAGUGCGCAACAUGGCAGAUCACUCCAUGUCUACCCUUCCUCGAACCCGAGUUCUUUUUAUCUAUUAAGUAAAUCGUUUUUUUUUUUUUUUUUUUAAGACGAGUUCAUGUGUGUGCAUUGCAUUAGGGGAAAAUAAAUUAAAAGACAACCUUUCAGUGAUUUAAAUGAUUGUGAUCAUGAUAUUAAAUUGAAGGUAAAGUGUUUUCUCUUUUUUUGACUUUGUGAAAUAGAUUAAAAUCUCAGGAUAAUUGCAAAAUGAACAAAACGGCAAAGUCA